AUCGACCACAGAGGGCGCUGCACGCACGGUAGGCUGGCCUCCGCGGCCUUCUCAUCUUUUUGUCUGAGAACAGGAUCCCUCUGCCGCUCUACAGUGUGUGCGAUAGCCUCGGAGCCGCGUCCGUACCACACUGUCAAACCACUCCAAACGAAUACAACCGCGACCAAAAAGCAUUAAUCGAACACGUCCCGCUAUGGCGCGCCUUAUCCGCCGGUAGGUCGCUCGUAUUUGGGACUGUUGGUUCGGAACUUAGUCCGGGUUUGAAUCGGGCUCGCUCGCUGUGUGCAUCAGUCUUUAUUAGCGAGCUGCCGCUCUUCUUGCUACCAGCUAUUUCUUUAACUUUUUAAACACUCCGCUUCGCGAAUGACUGAGCGCCGGCGGAGUAUGGGAUCGUUGGUGUCUUAGGAAGCAACCGAAGUGGGCUUUAACCGUUUUUGCAUGCCAAAACAAUGGCAAAUUCGACGGGGAAAAAUCUUCCAGAUCAGCGAAGGAAGGGACAGGCUUUCCUGGACGAGCUGCGGCAAUUUCACCAAAGCAGAGGAUCGCCGUUCAAGAAGAUUCCUAUCGUGGGUGGAAAAGAGCUGGAUCUGACCGCUCUCUAUUACAGAGUCGUCUCUUUAGGUGGAUUUGCUAAGGUGUCUGACAAAAACCAAUGGAAUGAACUCGGGGAAGAGUUUCAUUUUCCGAGGAGUUGCUCCAACGCUGCAUUCGCUUUAAAACAGUACUACCUUCGAUACUUGGAAAAGUAUGAGCGGGUCCACCACUUUGGCGAGGACGAUGACGAAGCGCAGCCGGGGAACACCAAGACCUUUCUUCCAGUUGGCGCCAUUCCCACGUCUUACAACUACCAGCAGCAUGUUGUCUCAGACUAUCUUCGCCAAAGCUACGGGCUGUCUACUGAAUUUAUCCCGCCGUGCGACUACAACAAACUGGUGCUGUCUCUCCUGUCGGGCCUGCCCAACGAAGUGGACUUUGCCGUCAACGUUUGCACUCUGCUCUCCAACGAGAGCAAGCACGCCAUGCAGCUGGACAAGGACCCCAAAUUGGUCACCUUGCUACUGGCCCACACCGGCGUCUUCGACGACUCGCUAGGCAGCUUCUCCGGGGUUUUUGGUACCGACUGGAAGGCGAAAACGUCCCGGGAUUUUAUCAGGUUUUGGAAAGAGGUGGUGCAGGAUGCCGAAGUCAGGGAGCUGAUCUGGGACAAGAGCAGUACAGCACAAGAUGGUACUUCAGUGGCGGAGCGUUGGCAGAGCCUCUUCCACCCGCCGCGGAACCUGGGCAUCAGCGACAUGGAGGCCCAGCGGGUGCUGCAGGUGGCCGUCAUCCUGCGAAACCUCUCCUUCGAGGAGGCCAACGUGAAGCUGCUGGCGGCCAACCGAACGUGCCUGCGCUUCCUUCUGCUCUGCGCCCACUGUAACCUCAUCUCGCUCCGACAACUCGGGCUGGACACGUUGGGCAACGUGGCCGCCGAGCUCCAGCUCGACCCAGUUGACUUUCGGAUGACCCAUUUGAUCUUUCACACCAUCACCAAAUGCUUAAUGUCCAGAGACAGGUUCCUCAAAAUGAGAGCCAUGGAGAUCCUGGGCAACCUGAGCAAAGCGGAGGACAACGGCGUGCUCAUCUGUGAGUAUGUGGACCAGGACUCGUACAGGGAGGUAAUGGUCCUCCUCACCCUGCCUGACCUCAUGCUCCUCAUGGCCUCGUUGGAGGUGCUCUACCUGUUGGCUCAGCUUGGGGAGGUUCCCUGCAGCAAGAUUGCCUCUGUGGACCGUAGCAUAGACCUGCUGGUGAGGUUAGUCUCUGUGGACCUUCAUACGUUUGGACCCGAUGCCCUAACGGCGGUGCGGUUAAUCGAGCAUCAGGCCAAUACAGAACAGGCUACCGAAGUUCGACCGCAGCUGGUCGAGCAGGCGGCGCAAGGAGCCACAGCCACGACCGCACGGGCUCCGGUUCAGUCCGCACAGACGCCACCUGGCAUAGUUGAACUCGAUGGAGAGAAAUUUACAUUGCAAUGGCUAAAUGCACACUUUGAGACAAACACUGAGGGCUCGGUGUCAAGGUCAGAUAUGUACUCGGAGUACCUUUCCACGUGCAGCAAAAUGGGUCGAAGUAACAUCUUGAACUCGGCCGGCUUCCUCAAAUGUCUGCGGACGGUGUUCCCCAAUCACACGAUGCGGCGGCAGGACGAGUCCAAAUCCAACGGGCCGGUUCACAUCCUCCUGGUGGGGAUAAGGCGGAGGUCAAUACCGCUGCCCGUCCAGCUGUACUACCAGCAGGCGGCAGGUGGAGCGCCCUCUCCUGCAGUUCGGAGCGAAGCCCCUGCCGACCCCCAGGCGCCACCUCCAGGGACACCUCCUGGGAAUCCACCCCAGCUAAGCCGGCCGCCAGGCCUGAGCGUAGGUGGGGCCGCGCCGUCUGGGACCGCCAUUGCGAAGGAGACCCCCAGUGCAAGCCACCCAGCUGUUCCCCAUCAUUCGGUGGCCCCGCACUCGCCUCUGCAGUUACCAGCAAACACUCAGGCAGCGGCGCAGCAAGUUAGGUCCGGUCCAGUUGUCCAGAUUCCGACAUCUGCCCCGGCUUCCCAGAACCACAGCCCGCAAAACGUCGCGGCUUCACCCGCGCUUCAGCAGCACUCCCCCAUGCUCCCCACCGGGACGCCAGUCACGCUUUUUCAACAGGUACCCCAAGGUCACAUACUCACGGCGAGGGUGCAAGGCGUCUGCCCCCCAAUUUCCCAGCACCCGCCGCUCGCCCCGACGCCGCCUCCGCCCACGUCACAGGGAGCCUCGCCCCACGUAGACCCUCAAUGCGGGGUGUCUUCAUCCGCGACCGCCUCUUCCAUCCAAGCGGCGUCAAGUAAUCCGGCGGCGUCCGCUUCCACGAGCUCCCGUGUCACAUUUCAGAAUAUCGCCCCCAAACCAGCGCCAAGCCAGUCCACUGGGCCAGCAGCCACGAUAGCCAACCAGCAGACACAGGCGCAGAGUGUGGUCAUAGUCGGUCCCGGUCCUCAACCAAGCCAAGCCUACACGCCGGCCAUACACCAAAUUGUUCUCGCCAACCCUGCCGCCAUUCCCGGUGCCCAGUCCAUUCAAAUAGCCGGGCAGUCCGGCGCCCCUUCCAACCCGUGCCCGGCUCCCGCGAACCCCCAAGUCCAUCCCAACCAAGCAGUCAGCCACGCACUGUCCAUCAAACGACAUCAGCAAAUGAUUCCGCAAGCUCCUCCCUCGCAGCCUACCUCCUCCGAGUCCAGCUUAAUCAAACAGCUUCUGCUUCCAAAGCGAGGGCCUUCCACGCCGGGCGGAAAGCUCAUCCUUCCCGCGCCGCAGGUGCCCCCUCCCAACAGCACCAGUUCGCAGGUCAUCUACCAGACGGCCUACAACCCCCAGGUGCCCCCUCCCCAGCCGCAGCAACUCAACGUGCAGCUGGUUCCCAGUCAGGUCCAGCUCUUGCCUGGCCAGAUCAUCUCGACGAGUAGUCCGGCCGCAAUCAUCCAGGCCCCCAUGGCGACUGGACAAGUCACUUUUACUGUGGUCCCGAACACUGGCUUUAACACCGUGGCCGCCGUCAGCCACGGCGCCGUGGCCCCGAGCGUCCCGUCGCCGCCGUUCUCGACGGGGACGGCGUCGCAGCAAGCUCCCGCCGUUCCUCCGCCGCCGGCUCCGCUCAGAGGCGACAAGAUCAUUUGUCAAAAGGAGGAGGAGGCCAAGGACGCCACCGGCUUGCACAUCCACGAGCGGAAAAUCGAGGUGAUGGAGAACUCCUCCGUGCCCGACGGGAAAACCAGUAACGGGGACGUCGGGGUCGGCGCCAAGCUGCUAAACGGUCGCAAGUGCAUGGAGUCUAGUCUACCUCCAUACCACUCAGGGAACAGUCAGGGGACGCUAAACGGUCCGGCAGCGGAGAGUUCCCCCGCCAAUGGGAAGCAGGCCCUCUCCCCCGGCCCCGACGCCGCCCCGGAGGGCAACCCCGAUCCUAAAAGGACGCUGGUCAACGGGGUGUGCGACGUGGACCGGGGCGAAGGCGGCGUCAUUAGCAAAAACAUUCCAAAUCACAUUGCUUCCAAGCAGUACUUGGGGAACGGGGAUGUGGGCCCCGCCGAGAAGAGUCCCCCUGCUCCCAGUCCUCCCCUCCAGCAGGACACUGCCAAAGCCCAGCAGGGAGAGCGCCUGGCCAAUGGACCUCAGGCGAUCGGCCCCAGGCCGCCCUCGGAAUUAACAAACGGACCUUUAGGGCCUGGCCACGCCGUGCCCGCGCUAAGGCAGCAACUGCUCCCCAAUUCCACCCCCACCCAGAGCACGUCGGCCCCCCCUGCCAACGGCGUCGCCUCGGAAGCCCGGGGCGUCAAGAGGCCGGCCGACAGCGAGGAUCGCGCCGCGUCCUCGGGGAUCCCCAACAAAGUGGGAGUGCGGAUAAUCACCAUCAGCGACCCCAACAACGCGGGCAGCAGCUCCACCAUGGUGGCCGUGCCGGCGGGAACCGACCCGAGCACCGUAGCCAAAGUAGCAAUCGAGAACGCCAGUCAGCAGAGGAACUGCUCGCCCACGCAGGCAGCUGGCACAACGCUUACCCCGUCUCCGCCCCCCGCCACCCAACCUGCAGACAGCAACGCCCCCCAGCAAGCCCCCACGGCGCCGCCCGAGCCAAGCAGGAAACCGGGGCAGAACUUCAAAUGUCUUUGGCAAUCCUGUAAACGGUGGUUCGAGACUCCAUCCCGAGUGUUUUACCACGCCGCGACGCAACAUGGCGGAAAGGACGUGUACGCGGGCCAAUGUCAGUGGGAAGGAUGCGAUCCUUUCCCGCGGCAGAGACUGUCGUUCAUUACGCAUCUACAGGAUAAACACUGUUCUCGGGAAGCUUUGCUAGCUGGACUCAAACUGGAGGAGCAGCAAGCGCAGAGCCCCAACCCAACUUCUUCCCAGACGCCGCCGCCAGCGGCGACAGGCAGUACUCCGGCGGCGCGACCGCCGAAAGCAAUCGUCAAUCAUCCCAGCGCAGCUCUCAUGGCCCUCCGUAGAGGUUCUCGAAAUUUGGUCUUCAGGGACUUCACGGACGAGAAGGAGGGACCAGUUACCAAACACAUCCGACUAACUGCUGCCUUAACGUUAAAGAACAUCGCCAAGCACUCGGACUGUGGUCGCAUGCUGGUAAAGAAGCACGAGGCGCACCUCUCCGUGCUGGCACUAAGUAACAUGGAGGUUUCCACCACGCUCGCCAAAUGCCUUUAUGAACUGACACGUUCGCUCCAGGCCUAACUAACGCCAAAAGGACAACCUCUAGAAACUCCUCCGUCAUCCUCACGCGCCCACCGAGGCGAGAGGAGGAAAGACGCCGCCGGUGAGCUGUAGCGAGGAAGCGGAAGCGCAGGAAUCCGGACUGAAGAACCUCCGCCUGCUGCCCAGCUCCGCCCCCUUUCUUCCCCCCCCCCCCCCCCCCCCCCCCCCCCCGCAGCUCCUUCAACCUGUGUUUGAAAGCCCACCACGUACCCCUCGUCCACACACUCAACAAACUGCCACGGGGUCUUCCACCAGCUGCCCUUCACAGGGAGCUUUUUCCAACCGCUUCCCCGAGGGACUCCGCCGACGACCCGCCUCCACCCCCCCAAAAAAAAAAAAGAGCACCAAACACGAGCACAUUUUGUCGAUUCUUUUUUUUUCGCCCCACGAACUGACGAGCGAAUUCCGACUGAAUGAAGACCACCGUUUUUAUUUCAAGGGGGGCGGGGUUUGGAAGCCGUUCCACAGGGUUAGAAUCGGAGGACUCGACAGGCAACUAGCGCAGACUUCUUUUGUUUUUCUUUGGAACUUGGUAGCUUGGUUUUUCUUACUUGAGUCGAUUAUAUUUUCACCUAUUUAUUAUUGAAAGAAAUGACAUGACAUUAGAAUUAAUGAAAAGAAAAAAAAUCUUGUAAAUAUCUUGUGAAUAUAUAUAAAGAAGAUCCUCUCUCAUGAUGAUGCAGCCACUGGAGAACUUGCUCUGUGGUGUUAAUAGAAGCAUUACUUUGGUAGGAUUGAAUAAAGUAGUAUGUUUUGUUUGCAUUUUUUUUUUUAUGAUCCCUGGUCACUUGUAUCUAAUGUGAUUCUAUACUCAGCAGUGUAUGAAUGUACUUAAAACCCUGUAAAUACUUCUGCAAAGGUACUGAUGCUGUAAAGCUUAGGGAGAGGGGGGGGGAAACAGUUUUUUGUGGAACUGUGACAUUUUGUAUUAUAAUACCUUGUAGAACUCAUUUUGCUGGCUGAAAGAGUAUGGAAUAAUAUAUCAUGUCAUUUUGUAGAAGAAAAAAAAAAUACUGAAGGUAUUUUCCCCUUUCUGUUUCUUCACACCUGACCCCGCAAUGCUCGCAUACACACAAACACACACACAAAACAAAUGACAUAUAUCUAUCCACUGUAAGCGUUUUGUCAUUGUACGGGCACGGUGCGCCUACCAAAAUUUUUUGGUAUUUGUAAAUUGGUUUAAAUACAUGGAGUUUUUAUACAGGUUUUCUCCUGUGUUCUUUGCUUUACGUGCAGGUAUGAUAUUUUCUUCACUACUUUUUUCUAUCUUAAUAUAGUGUGGAGUUUUAUUGUACUAUUUUUUCAUUCUUAAUACCAUGCCACAUUCCGGCUCACGUCCUCAAGACUGUCCUCUCUACCGUGUGUUGUGUACCAUUUAUGACUGCCUGUCCUAUUAGCAUCUGAGCGGGGUGGGGGGGGCGGGAGGGGGGCACGACCCAACUAUCCUCAUUUCUGCCGUGUCUGUAGGAUGUGUGACUAAAAAUAGACCUAACAGUCUGUUAGAGAUUGGCUUUAUUUACUUUGGUGACUGUUUAUAGUUUUUAAAUAAAAACACUGAACAUUU